CUGGCGGGAAAUAAACAUGGAGGUGGACAUGGAAGAAGCUCCUAGCGGGCAGACAGGGGUUAAAGAGCAGCCAGCCCCGGGCGGCAAAGGACCCGCCGGCACCUAUGAGCUGCCCUGGGUGGAGAAAUACAGACCUUUGAAGUUAAAUGAAAUAGUUGGAAAUGAAGAAACUGUCAGUCGGUUAGAGGUAUUUGCCAGGGAAGGAAAUGUUCCAAACAUCAUAAUUGCAGGUCCUCCUGGAACCGGCAAGACCACAAGCAUAUUGUGUCUGGCCCGUGCACUCCUGGGAUCAGCACUAAAAGAUGCAGUGCUAGAGCUCAAUGCUUCAAAUGAUCGAGGCAUUGAUGUAGUGAGAAACAAAAUAAAAAUGUUUGCACAGCAGAAAGUAACUCUUCCAAAAGGCCGACAUAAAAUAAUCAUCUUGGAUGAAGCAGACAGUAUGACAGAUGGAGCUCAGCAAGCAUUAAGAAGAACAAUGGAAAUUUAUUCCAAGACAACACGCUUUGCUCUUGCAUGCAAUGCUUCAGACAAAAUUAUAGAACCCAUCCAAUCUCGUUGUGCUGUACUUCGCUACACAAAACUGACAGAUGCACAGGUUCUCGCAAGGUUGAUGACUGUUGUGGAGAAGGAAAAUGUUCAGUGUACUGAUGAUGGCUUAGAAGCCAUUGUGUUCACUGCACAAGGUGAUAUGAGACAGGCAUUGAAUAACGUGCAAUCUACACAUGCCGGGUUUGGCUCUGUUAACAGUACUAAUGUGUUUAAGGUAUGUGAUGAACCUCAUCCAUUACUGGUGAAAGAAAUGUUACAGCACUGUGUGAAUGCAAAUAUAGAUGAAGCAUAUAAGAUAGUGGCUCAUCUGUGGAAACUUGGGUAUUCUCCUGAAGAUAUCAUAGGCAAUAUUUUCAGAGUGUGCAAGACUUUUCAAAUGCCUGAAUACCUCAAGCUGGAAUUUAUAAAGGAAAUUGGUUACACACACAUGAAAGUAGCUGAAGGCGUCAACUCUCUCUUACAAAUGGCUGGACUUCUAGCUCGACUUUGUCAGAAGACUGCAACAACGUCAAGAUGAAAUGCAUAGUGGAGCAGUAUUUCUCUACAUUUUUGUCUUUUGCUGGGUUUUUUGUUCUUCCACAUUGCAUUACUU